AUGGGAGACUCGAGCUGGAUGCGACUUCUACCAGGACAGCGAUGUCGCACUCCAGUUUCCCCUUUGCUUCACUACGGCCAAAACGACAAUGAAGACACACACGAAGCAGCUGCUCUAAAGAUCACUCCGCGACCCCUGGCCGGCUUUAAUCAGUCUUCCGCUGACUUUGCAAACGACAUCCUCGUCAGAGAAGCAGACAGGCUGCAGAAUACUCCGUCAGUCGACGGAAUGGCAGAUAUGCUGCGAACUAUCAUCAUGGUAUCCCCGACACCACCAGUCUUGGACCCGCAGUAUACGUCGUAUGUGCUUCAUCUCAUCGAGGGAUACAGCAAGCUCCGAAACAAGCUAUCGACCAAAGAGAAGGAAGUUGCCCAACUGAGAGCAAAGCAGCAAGAAGAUCGGGAAAACGGCAAGAUCCUCUUUUCCGAGUGGUCAGCCCAAGAAGCUCGAUACAAAGCCGAGAUUAAACGAUUGGAGUUGAUAAUCCAGCAAGUAUCUGGCAAGGGCGUCGAGGCUGUUGCUCUGGCUCGAUCUGGCAGCCUCAUCAGGAAAGGCGGACCGGGCAAAGCACAUACAGCAGAGGCAGCGACCUCCGAGCAAGUGCGUGCAGAAGAGGAAUUCUGCCAAGAUGAAUGUAAGAAUGCCUCUCCUUGCAAGGCCACGGAUAUCCAGGGUAGGCGAACAUCCAUCUCGAGUGACACUCUUGAUUUGACAGCACGUCUCAAUAUAAAAAAACAGCUUUGGAGACACCGCUCCGAAAACAAUCUUCUGGAGCCAACAUCUUCUCAUCUGCGCCUCAGCAUGGGUACUCCAGAGCCCGAACCAAAGGAAGAGUGUAUGUCAGACGAUGAGCAAUGCUUGGAUGAAAGCGAUGCAGGCGAUAGCGAGUUAACUGCAAGGAUACGUUAA